GAUUCAGAAACCACUGCUAAUUUUAAAUAGAUUUUGCCAGCUCUGUCCAUGUGUUCUGAAAAAUGAGACCAGGAGUUAUGUGUUUUACUAGUUUUCUAAACGUAGGAAAUAAAUUUGCUGUUGCAUCCAUAAGUACAGCAAAAGUACAUUUUUGUGUGUCUGUGUUGCUUCCACUCAGCCACAAAGAACAGCUUGCACAACCAGCCCAGCAAGUUCUUCCAUCGCUACUUUUAGCCUGAUUGCGUCUUUCUGCUCUGAAAGAGAUCCUCUCAGAUGAAAGCAGACAACUGAAACGCAUUGUGAGGGUGAUUUCCAUCUAUCGGUACCUGAAAGGCAUCCAGCUAAAAAACAGGGAAAUAGUCACAUUUGAAGAAAAGCCUUGUCUUGGACAUAACACCUCAGCUGCCUUCUACAAGUUUGCUUUUUGUAGUUUGAGUUUACUUCUGUACCACAGGCGAAUGGAUUACUACCGUAACAGCUUCUGUGGAAGAACUCCGGGAGUGUCCUAAUUAUCUUAAGAAUAUCAGUUGCUGUUCUGUGAUCUUUGUUACUACUCGUAGCCUUUUCCCUAAAGGAUAUUCUGGACAACAUACGUGAUACCAGAGAAACUGAGAAAGAAAUUAAUUAAACUUCAAACAUCUAGAAUGGCUCUGCUUAAGCUGCAUGGAUUUAAAAGUAAAAGCAGGAAACCCUGUAUCCAUAAUGAGAUUUGUUCAUCAGAAAAACAGCAUCUGGAGAGGGGGCUCAUGGGAUAUUAAUGAUCAUGCAGUGUAGGACACUGACGGUGGUGACCAGAACUGUGUUGCAUUGAGCUUUGUCCCCUCCUUUAGACAGUGAUACCCUGGAUAUUUCUGCUUUGCUGAACAAAACAUUUUUUAUCUCUUGUGCUGACCCAAAUGACAAGCCAUCAGAGAAACUGCAGGACAGAUGGUGACAACCAAAGUGACCCUCUCUGUGAGAUGGACUAUUCUUUGCGACAGCAGCAUCCACUUGUUUUACUGCUUUUGUUGAUCAUUGUGGGAACAUGUAUAGCCCUGAUUGCAAUCUUUUUUGCCACAGGAAGAGAUGCUACACAACAACUUGCCUUUGUCAUCACAGUCUUUGUAGCUCUUGGAGUUUUUCUCCUCAUCUUCAUCUUGGCCCUCCAGGAGUCAGUGUUCCAGAAAUGCAGGUUAGGCUUUUCUGUGGUCAUCUGGGCCUGCCUGAUCACCAUGGGGUAUACUUUCAUCUUCACAGAUGGAGUCGUCAUGGCUUGGGACCAGGUGUCGUUUUUCCUCUUCAUCACAUUCAUCGUGUACACGAUACUACCUGGCUGCACAAGGCUUGCUUUGAUCGGUGGCAUCCUCUCAUCUGUGUCCCACAUCAUUGUACUCAGCAUCUACCUCUCUGUCACUAAGGCGGUACCCAACAAAACUAGUCUUGUCUUUCAGCUGCUGGCCAAUGGGAUAAUAUUUGUUUGUGGUAACGUGGUCGGGGUGUAUCACAAAGCACUAAUGGAACAAGCACUAACGAAAACAUACCACGAGGCACUGAACUUCGUCAAGUCAAGAAUGAAACUGGAAUCCGAGAAACGUCAACAGGAACAUCUGCUGCUCUCCAUUUUGCCUGUCUACAUUGCCUUGGAGAUGAAGGCCGAAAUCAUUGCGAGACUCAAGGAGGUGCAGCCACAACAUGAGAACACCAACUUCCACAACCUCUACGUCAAACGGCACAAAAAUGUCAGCAUUCUGUAUGCAGACAUUGUGGGAUUCACUCGUCUUGCUAGUGACUGUUCCCCUAAAGAACUGGUGCUUAUGCUGAAUGAACUGUUUGGGAAAUUCGAUCAAAUUGCAAAGGAAAAUGAAUGUAUGCGAAUAAAGAUCCUAGGAGACUGUUACUACUGUGUCUCUGGCCUCCCUGUCUCUUUGCCAACUCAUGCCAAGAACUGUGUGAAAAUGGGACUGGACAUGUGCAGCGCUAUGAAAAAACUUCGAGAUGCCACAGGGGUGGACAUCAACAUGCGAGUGGGUGUUCAUUCUGGUGAUGUCCUCUGUGGGGUGAUUGGGCUGCAGAAGUGGCAAUACGAUGUGUGGUCACAUGAUGUCACACUGGCAAAUCACAUGGAAUCAGGUGGUAUUCCUGGGAGAGUCCACAUCACCGAAGCAACACUCUCUCAUCUGGACAAUGCCUAUGAAGUGGAGGAAGGAAAUGGUGGCCUGAGAGACCCCUUCCUGAAGGAGAAUGGAAUCAAUACCUACCUGGUCAUUGACCCCAAUGUUAGUGAAGCAUGCAUCGGGGAAUGUCUGUCUCCAAAACCCAAUGAAGGACAGAAGAUGAGAGCCUCAGUCCGUAUGACACGAUAUCUUGAAUCCUGGGGAGCACCAAAACCAUUCGCUCAUCUCCACAAACAAGACAGUAUUGUGACAGAACCUCCAACCUAUCCUUUGAAUAGAGAAUAUGAAUUGUCGACUCUGCCAUACACACCAGUGGAUAAGAUUAUACCUGGUAAAGUUGAAGAAGAUGUCGAAGAGAAGGUCUUACAGGUUUUUGAAGGACUGAACUCACACAGACAAUGGCAGAGGUCAAAAGAUUUUAACGUUUUAACACUGUACUUCUACGAGGCUGGAGUGGAGAAAGAGUAUCGUUUCUCACCACUACCAACAUUCAAGUAUUACAUCGGCUGUGUCUGCCUAAUCUUCAUCUGCAACUUCAUCAUUCAGAUGUUUGUCGCUGCCAAGACUUUUGCUCUUGGAAUUGCCUAUGGAGUUUCCUUUUUCCUUUUUCUGUUGCUGCUGGUUUCCUGCUUUGCUGGAGAAUUACCAGUGUGCAAAGACAAGGGGCCAAAGUUCCUACAGUGGAUCCCCCCCAUUGCUGCAAUAAUCUCCAACCAGCCAUUUCUUCGAAUCACUCUUGCAAUACUUUCCAUCCUUUCGGCUUUUAUCAUGGCUUUUUUCAGUUUUUUCUUUCAUGACCCCCUUUCCUGUUCAGCUGGAGCACAGAAUUCUACGCAGACUGUUGUGACGGAUGUAAAUUCCAGCUUAUUCUACAGCAUUCCGUAUUAUAUUUAUUGCUGUGUCCUGGGACUACUCUCGUGUUCGGUGUACCUGCGGGUGAACUUUGAAGUGAAGCUGAUCUUACUGACACUGGGACUUGUGGUUUACAAUGUGAUAUUCCUAUACAUCCAUCACGACCUCUCUGACUGUUACAUGGAUCUCCUGUAUCCCAACCAAACCAUCUCAAGGCCAAGUGUCCUGAAGGAACCCAAGCUGAUGGGCUCUGUCUCCUUCUUCGUAUUCUACAUAACUCUGCUACUGCUGGCUAGACAGAAUGAGUACUACUGUCGCCUGGAUUUCCUGUGUAAGCGAAAGUUUAAGAAGGAAUGCGAGGAAACUGAAACGAUGGAAAACCUGAACCGCAUUUUGCUUGAAAAUGUGCUGCCGGCCCAUGUUGCCCUUCAGUUCAUCGGAAAAAAUUGCCGCAAUGAAGACCUCUAUCACCAAUCGUAUGACUGUGUGUGUGUGAUGUUCGCCUCCAUCCCUGACUUCAAGGAAUUUUACUCAGAGUCAGAUGUGAAUCAUGAAGGUCUGGAGUGCUUGAGACUUCUGAAUGAAAUAAUUGCUGACUUUGAUGAGUUGCUGUCAAAACCCAAGUUUAGUGGGGUUGAAAAGAUUAAAACUAUUGGCAGUACAUACAUGGCAGCAUCAGGAUUAAACAUGUCAACAUCAGGUCAAGAAACCAUCCAACAGGAGUCUGAGAAAAGUUUAGGAGUGGUAGGAAUCAUGGUAGAGUUUGCCACAGCACUGAUGGUGAAACUGGACUACAUAAACAAGCACUCAUUCAACUCUUUCAAACUAAGAGUAGGGAUGAAUCAUGGCCUUGUGAUUGCUGGUGUGAUCGGUGCUCACAAACCCCAGUAUGAUAUUUGGGGAAAUACCGUGAAUGUGGCAAGUCGCAUGGACAGCACAGGUGUUCUAGGCAAAAUACAGGUAACUGAGGAGACAGCCAUCAUUCUUCAGAAAUUAGGAUAUACCUGCACAAACCGUGGCAUUAUAAAGGUAAAAGGGAAAGGCGAACUCAGCACAUACUUUGUUUCUACAGAUAUGGCCAGGUCAGUUUCACAAGGCAACAUGCUUAGCUGAUAAUGAGAACUGUGAAAUGGACACUUUCCCACGUAUCAUGGUGCUUCGACUCGCACAUCCAGUAGACUGAGCUCUUGUAGUCAUGUACAUAUAUUUAAAGGAAACCUUACCAAUGGGAAUGGAAUCCUUACUGCUCUGAAGGAAACCUAACCAAUGGGAAUGGAACCCUUACUGCUCUGAAGGAAACCUUACCAAUGGGAAUGGAACCCUUACUGCUCUGAAGGAAACCUAACCAAUGGGAAUGGAACCCUUACUGCUCUGAAGGAAACCUAACCAAUGGGAAUGGAAACCUUACUGCUCUGAAGGAAACCUAACCAAUGGGAAUGGAACCCUUACUGCUCUGAAGGAAACCUUACCAAUGGGAAUGGAACCCUUACUGAUACUUUCAACUGUUGAAUGUUUUCAGUUCUGGAUCAGAAAAGGCUCAAAGUUAAUCCAAAUAAGAACAAAAUUGUACUUGUGUUUUUGCAAAAAGGAAUGCCAUCAGUCAUGCCAUGGCUAGAAUAAAUAAGACUAAGAGACACCGAAGAUGUGAGUAGGGUGAAGACACACGUCCCCAUUUUUGUUGUCUGCAUUUUCUUCACUCUUAUGUUAUCAGGUUGUGACAGGAUGCAUUUAAAGGACACUGUAGUAUGGAUGAUGUUCGAAUUGAAAAAUUUAAAAGUUGUGAGUUAUUACUGACCCUUUGUCAGUGGAAUCCAAGAAGUUUUCUCUUUUGUAAGAUCCAUGUUAAAUAAAGUGGCUAGAAAUGUUUUUUUUUUUUUUUUGUCUAUACAACUAUGGCUUCUAAGGACAAUAUGAAUUUAUUGAGUCACUACAAAAAGUGCUUUCUGGCACCUGGUUGCUCACUGUUACUAAUACUGAUCUGUGGCACUUGUGUCCACCAGAGACAUAAAGAACAGGUAGCUGGUAAGUGAGAGACACAAGGAAAAGUGAAUAGCUAAACUGUUGUUGAAAUAUUGUGCGUAAUUGAACUAAUCACCAUUCACAUACCCUGUCUGCCAGUGAACGCUGAAGAAACGACAUUAACAUCAGCUGUGAAUAUCUGUGACUUAUCCACUCUUUUGUUUCAAGGCUGUUAUUAGUUAGAUAACAAACAUGUGAAUUAACUAAGAGUAAGAGCAAAGAAUAAAAGUACAAAGAAUAAAUGUUCAUAUUUUCCAUUAGAA